AUGCCGAGCUCACCAAGAAAAUGGAGGCUAACUUCAAAAAAAAACUCGGAGGCUUUCGACGGGUUCCAAAAGAAAUUCGAUGAGCUCAGCAAAGAACUAAAGGACACACAAACCGACCUUGGUAGUCAUAUUAUAACGCUCGAGCACAACACAGUAAAAGUCUCCGAUUUAGAGACCAUCAAAAAGUCGCUCGCCUCCAAUGCUCCUCCUUCUGACUUGACCCAGACAAAGCAACUCGAACUAAUCUCCAGGAGACUUGAAACACUCGAAAAAGAAAACAGAAGAACUAAAAUCUCCAUCGCUGGUCUUUCUUUCAAGUCCAGCAAUCACCACGAUGAGAUUCAGAAAUUUCUGCAAGAAAAGUUUGGGAUCCAGAUCCACAAUAUUUCUAUUAAGGAAUAUAGCAAAAAUGUCAUCGUUGAUCUCUUCAACCCCUCCAUGAAAGCUGACAUAUUAAGAACGAAAAAGGAAAAGUUGAAAGGUACAAAAAUCUUCAUAGAUUCGGAUCGUACCCUCAAAGAAAGAGAAAUAGAUUGGAAUAUAAGGCAGUUCAUUAAAAACAAUACGCAGCAGGGAAAAAAAGUUACCAGAAAAGCAACAUGUGAAACUUGGUGUGACAAUCCUCCGCAAAUAUCUCCUACAAGCUUAGCAAAAUACAACAUUUUUUGGUCCAACGCAGUUAGAGAAUUCGCUAUUGGACGUGCCAGCGGUGGUUUACUCACGGCAGUCAAUAAAAAAUACUCCACAACAGUCCUGGAUACUUCCCUCUGGUGGAUCUUUAACUUGGACACAAUUGAUGAAAUUAAAACUGCCCACACCUACGAUGUAUUCAUUCUUGGAGGAGAUACAAACGCAAAAGUGGGUUCUUUGAAUCCCUGGCCAGAGGAACUCUUCGUAGACUCUGUUCUACAGGGCAUAAUGUUAAGCACCGAUGAAUCAAUCUGCAAUAGAGGUCGUCGCUUAAUGGAAUUCAUGCUGGACAAUGAUUUUGUCCUACUGAAUGGUAGAGCUCCUAGCGACACACCAGCACAACCCACCUUUGACAGCGUCGGGACCUCUAUCAUUGAUUUAGUGUGGAUCAAUCAACAAGCUUUACACCGAGUAGUAGAUCUAGAGAUCAUUUUAGAACCAUCUCUAUCGGACCACAGACCUGUAAACUUGAAAAUUGCUGCGGGGGAAAAAAAUACUGCAUCACACGCUCACACAAAAUUGUCAACUCCUACCACUUGGAUCAAAUGGUCCGACAAUGCAAAAGAAGACUUCUACCGCCAUCUUGACAGAUACACUUCCAGCAAUAACUCAACUGAUUCAGAUUCCCAACACACGGCAUUACAUUCAGCUAUACUUUCUGCAUCCGGCAAAGCUAAUCUAUUAACAACAAGAAAUAGUUCUGGUCACACUCCAACUGAACGAGAAAGUCCUUGGUAUGACACUGAAUGUAAAGUUGCCAAAAGAGAAUAUCGUAAGGCCCUGAGAUCCUGCAAAAAAGAAAACUACAGCCAACAAGCCCGGUUUGAAUCAGCUAAAUGCAAAGAAAAAUAUAAAGUUGUAUGUCGCACUAAACAAAAGGAUUACAACAAAAGACUUAGUGACACUUUCAAUGUUUUGUCGAAAACUAUCCAAUGCGGAUAA